AUGGAAGCGCCAAAGGAGGAAUCUGCUGCCCCUGUCGAACCUCAGCAGCAACCGGAGACGCCGGAGGAUGCAAAGGAGGAAAAAACGGAUAAUGAAAACCAAGCAACGACGACAACAGAUAACAAACCAAAUGAGAAAAAAUCUUUCGCUGAUACUCUUCCCCUCUCGGCUGCCGAUGGCCUCAUCAAAACUCUUUUUCCCCGACCUCUCGACGACUGCAGGCCUCCAUCUCCCCCUGAAUUGACCGCCGAGGAGCAGACGAAGUAUGAGACCGUGUUGAAAGCAGUCUCCGAGUGGACGACGAUUCCGACUACGUCUUCCAAAAAUGCACCAACCGAACCUCUUACAGAUGAUGAGCGAAUAUUCCUUACCCGAGAAUGCUUACUCCGGUACCUUCGUGCCACAAAGUGGAAUGUCGCGGAUGCUAUCCAGCGCCUCCAGGCAACUUUAACGUGGAGACGGGAAUACGGUGUUAAAGAACAUACUCAAGAAUACAUCUCGGUUGAAAAUGAGACUGGGAAACAAAUUAUCCUAGGUUUUGACAACAGUGGUCGCCCCUGUCUAUACUUGAACCCAGCAAGACAAAAUACCGAGCACAGCGAUCGCCAGAUACAGCACCUUGUGUUUAUGCUGGAACGGGUAAUUGAUCUGAUGGGACCGGAUCAAGAAUCCCUCGCGCUGCUGGUCAAUUUCAAGCAGACAAGAUCCGGGCAAAACGCCACAAUCGGUCAAGGCAGGCAGACCCUUCAUAUUCUCCAGAAUCACUACCCUGAGCGUUUGGGACGGGCCCUGGUAAUUAACAUGCCUCUCGUCAUUCUGGGAUUUAUGAAACUAAUUACACCGUUCAUCGACCCACGGACUCGUGAAAAAUUAAAGUUUAACGAGGAUCUUCGACAACAUGUCCCUCCUGCUCAACUCUGGAAGGCUGUCAAUGGAGAUGUCGAAUUUGAAUAUGACCAUUCUAGCUACUGGCCAGCGCUUAAUGCCCUCGCCGCCCAGCGGAGAGAAGAGUACCGCGAAAGGUGGAAUAAAGGAGGUAAACUUGUGGGUGAGCACGAAAACUAUCUUAAAGGAGGACCGGGCAAGAGCCGUGCGGAGACCGAAGCGCCCAAUACUGCUAGAGUCGAAGAGAAAUUGGAGCAGUUGGAUGUUACCGAUUCACCCGCCGCCCCAGCCCAGCCCGUGGCGGCAUAA